UCGAUGGUCCGUUCUGCCGUCCCCGCGGCCCCGUCGGAGCGGAGAGGCCACGGCCGCGCGAUGACCCCGCACCAGCCCAGCGCCGGGCAGUACCUGCGCUCCGACAGCGGCGGCUCGGAGGCCCCGAUGCUGGCGGACGGUUCCGGCCCCGGUCCUGGCCCUUGUCCGGGCCCCAGUCCCGGUGCACUGCGGCGGCGGCGGCGGUGCGGGCCGCUCUGGAGCAGCGUGGCCGUCAUGGCCAUCCUCGCCCUGCAGAUCGCCUGCACCACAGGCCUCUUCGUCUACUUCACCAUGGCCAUCUCCAAGCUCAAAGCCCAGGCGCCAGGCAACGUGGAGGAGCUGCGGUGCCUGCAGGUCAUCAACCAGCAGCAGGAGGGCUCCAGCCUGGAGGAGCUCAUCAGCAACCAGUCCUGCCUCAAGCUGGCCAACACCAUCAAGGCCUAUGUGGCCACUGUGAUGGAGAACAUGAUCCGCAGGAGCGUGGUGAAGGAGGCCCAGAGGAGCAACUUCAACACCUCGGAGGGGCAGGUUCCUCCCCAGACCAGCGGCAAACCCUCAGCACAUCUCACCCUGCGCCCGCAGAGCCUGGCCCAGGACGGGAACUCGCGGCGCUUCGGGAACCUGUCUCAGUCAUGCCGCCACGCCAUCGCACGCUGGGAGGACAGCACCAUCCACUCCCACCUGCAGAACAUCACAUACCAGGAUGGCCGCCUGCGGGUCAACCAGGCUGGCAAGUACUACGUGUACUCCCAGAUCUACUUCCGCUACGCCAGCGACGUGGCUGGCACCCAGGGCUCCGUCCCGCAGCUGGUGCAGUGCAUCAACUGGAAGACUUCCUACAGCCAGCCCAUCCUCCUGCUCAAAGGGGUGGGCACUAAGUGCUGGGCACCUGAGGCAGACUAUGGGCUCCAUGCUCUCUACCAGGGGGGGCUCUUUGAGCUGAAGGCCGGGGAUGAGCUCUUUGUCUCCGUCUCCUCCUUGGCCAUCGACUACAACGAUGCAGCAGCCAGUUACUUUGGGGCUUUCCGGCUCGACCUGUGACAGUCACCUUCUCACUCCUUCCCGCUGUUCCUGCCCAGCCAUGGUCCUGCAGGUCUCCAAGGAAGCAGCAGCUGAACAGCCAGGGAGGAGGGGGCCUGGUGCAGCACCCUUUCCUGAGUAGUUGUCCCAAGGGAGGAGCUAGCAGAGAGCACGGGGAGACUGCCCACAGGGACCUGCUGUGCUUGGUACCAUCCAGCUGGGAGGAAAACCAUGAGCCAGGAGACAUGGACAAGGUGGGACAUCUCCCUGGCUUCCAUCUGAGCAAACAGCCAGGUAGCAUCAAAACUCUUGCAGGAGAGGCACCAAGGGCACAUCUGCAACCACAAGACAGUGUCCCCAUGGCAGGAUGAGCCUCUGUGGGUCUCUGCACAUCUGGCAGGGGCAGCCCCAGAAGUGCUGCCGGGCUGCAGGUGCUCAGGGACAGGAGCCCGUGGUGAGCACAGGGCUGGAACCCAGGCACAGCAGCAGGGACAGGGCAGGUCCAGCAUCAGCUUCUGGAGAGGUGUGAAGGAGUUUAGUUUGGGAUCAUCAGAAACAUGGAGCGAUGCCAGCAGCUGGUGUCAGGGGAGGUCAAAGAGCAGGACCAUGAAGCUGGAGCAGUCACCAGCCCAAAUAACCAUAUGUGGCUGCAUGGCCCCCUCCAGCCCAGGAAUCUGCCAUCACACCUCCCCUUCGCUCCUGAUCAAGCAGCUCCCUCUUCCUCGGGGUUCCUGGUCCUCCCUGGUAGUGGUUAACCCGCAGGGUUUGAACUCAUGGGUGAGCCUGGCCAGAGCAGCACAGGACCAGGAAGGAAUGAGGGCAGGCCCUCGGUGCCGAAGUCUGUGUCAGAUACAGGAGGUGGGCUCAAGCAGGGCAGAAUGUGGUCAAGCUCCCACAGAUGCUGGGGUGAAAGCAGCCCUUUCUAUAACUCCCUGUAUACUCUGUAUCGUGUGAUGACUGGUGGAGCAGAUGGACAGGGCGGCAGCAUGGGCUCCACGCAGGAUGCAAACACCCCCCAUGGCAGUACAGCUGCGGGGACUCCCAGUGCUGCUUCAAUAAAGCCUCUACUCCAGU